CGUACAUAUACACAGGUGGAAACUGUUGACCGAAAGAGCCACCACUUGCUAGAAUUUGUAUUAUUAUGUGCGUGCGUGUAUGUGUGCCCUAUCAGCAGGUAAACUUAAACCGGAAUGUUUGUUAAGUGACGUUGAGUGAUAUUAGUGUGAAUUAGUGCCUUACUUAGUGAAGCUAAAAUUUUUGAGAAAACGCAACGGCAAAAAAAUAUUUACGAGCGGGCAGAAAUUCCAUUCCUCGACAGAAAUCUCUAAAAUGUAUUGGAUUAUUUGAAUUUCUCGAGGGAAAUUUUAUUUUUGAAAUCAAAAUUUCCCAAAUAAAAUUGGAUCAAAAUGGUGAUAGUGACCAGGGGUGAUUACAUAUGGAUUGAGCCAAUAUCCGAUAAUGAAUUCGACGUGGCUAUCGGCGCCAGAGUUAUCUCCGCAGAAGGACGCAGGAUUGCAGUCCGAGAUGACGAUGCUCAGGAACAUUGGCUAUCACCAGAUAGACGUAUUAAAGCUAUGCAUGCGACAUCCAUCAAUGGCGUCGAAGACAUGAUAGGUCUUGGUGAUCUUCAUGAAGCAGGAAUUCUUCGAAAUUUACUCAUUAGAUACAAUGAGAAUCUCAUCUAUACUUACACGGGAUCAAUUCUGGUAGCUGUUAAUCCGUAUCAAAUACUUCCAAUCUAUACAGCAGAGCAAAUAAAAUUAUAUAAAGAGAGAAAAAUUGGAGAACUGCCACCGCACAUAUUCGCAAUUGGUGACAACUCGUAUGCGAGCAUGCGAAGAUAUGGACAAGAUCAAUGCAUUGUUAUCUCAGGAGAGUCGGGUGCUGGAAAAACGGAAAGCACCAAGUUAAUUUUGCAAUACUUGGCAGCGAUCAGUGGAAACCAUUCAUGGAUCGAACAACAAAUAUUAGAAGCAAAUCCAAUUUUAGAAGCUUUCGGAAACGCUAAAACAAUUCGAAAUGAUAACAGCUCAAGGUUUGGUAAAUAUAUCGACAUACAUUUCAACAACAGUGGUGUUAUUGAAGGUGCUAAAAUCGAACAAUACUUAUUGGAAAAAAGUAGAAUAGUCUCGCAAAAUCCAGACGAACGCAAUUACCAUGUUUUUUACUGUCUGCUAGCUGGUUUAAGUAAAGACGAUAAGAAGAAAUUAGAUUUAGGAGAAGCCAGUCAAUAUAGAUAUUUAACCUCUGGUGGCACUAUAACAUGUGAAGGCCGUGACGAUGCUGCUGAAUUUGCAGACAUAAGGAGCGCGAUGAAAGUGUUGCUGUUUUCUGAUCAAGAAAUCUGGGAAAUUCUCAAAUUAUUGGCAGCGCUGUUGCACACCGGAAAUAUAAAGUAUAAGGCUACAGUUGUUGAUAAUUUGGAUGCCACCGAAAUUCCAGAUCCUACGAAUGUUCAACGUGUAGCAAAACUACUCGGUGUUCCAGCGCAACCACUGAUUAAUGCUUUGACAAGGAAAACCCUGUUUGCUCACGGCGAAACAGUAGUAUCUACUUUAUCACGUGAACAAAGUGUGGAUGUAAGGGAUGCGUUCGUCAAAGGAAUUUACGGAAGGUUGUUUGUCUUAAUCGUUAAGAAAAUCAAUUCUGCCAUUUAUAGGCCGAAAGAACGUCAGUGCAGUUCUAUAGGUGUUUUGGAUAUAUUUGGAUUUGAAAAUUUCAACCACAAUAGUUUUGAACAGUUUUGCAUUAAUUUUGCAAACGAGAAUUUGCAACAGUUCUUCGUAAGGCACAUUUUUAAAUUGGAACAAGAAGAGUACAACUUAGAAGCUAUCAACUGGCAGCACAUUGAGUUCGUCGAUAAUCAAGACGCAUUGGACUUAAUAGCUGUUAAACAAUUGAAUAUAAUGGCUUUGAUUGACGAGGAGAGUAAAUUUCCAAAAGGUACAGACCAAACACUACUAGCAAAAUUGCAUAAAACGCACGGCAAUCACAGAAAUUACUUGAAACCGAAAUCUGAUAUAAAUACUAGCUUUGGGUUAAAUCACUUUGCUGGCGUAGUCUUCUACGAUACCAAAGGGUUCCUCGAAAAGAAUAGAGAUACCUUCAGUGCAGAUUUGCUCCAGCUAGUAACUAUUUCUAGCAACAAAUUUCUUCAACAAAUUUUCGCUAACGAUAUUGGCAUGGGAGCGGAAACUAGAAAACGCGCACCGACUCUUUCUACUCAAUUUAAAAAGAGUUUGGAUUCACUGAUGAGGACUUUAUCUAAUUGUCAGCCAUUUUUCAUCCGUUGUAUAAAGCCUAAUGAGUUCAAAAAGCCAAUGAUGUUCGAUAGAAACCUGUGCUGCAGGCAAUUGCGAUAUUCCGGUAUGAUGGAAACUAUUAGAAUACGAAGAGCCGGUUAUCCAAUCAGACAUACCUUUAGCGAAUUCGUUGAGAGAUAUAGAUUUUUAAUACCUGGUAUUCCGCCAUACCAUAGGACAGAUUGCCGAGCCGCAACAUCAAAAAUUUGUUCAGUGGUAUUAGGUAGAUCUGAUUAUCAACUUGGUAACACGAAAGUCUUUCUCAAGGAUGCGCAUGAUCUGUUCUUAGAACAAGAAAGAGAUCGCGUCUUGACAAGGAAAAUAUUAAUUCUCCAACGUUCAAUAAGAGGAUGGGUAUAUAGAAGAAGAUAUUUAAGAUUAAAAGCUGCGACAAUGAUUAUUCAAAAGUAUUGGAAAGGAUACAUCCAAAGGCAACGAUAUAAGAAAAUGCGAGUGGGUUAUAUGAGAUUGCAGGCUUUAAUCAGAGCGCGAGUAUUGUCGCAUCGAUUUCGCCAUUUACGUGGUCAUAUCGUUGGCCUACAAGCUCAUUCCCGUGGAUAUUUGGUCAGACGUGAAUAUGGACAUAAGAUGUGGGCCAUCAUCAAAAUUCAAUCACAUGUUCGAAGGAUGAUCGCACAAAGAAGGUUUAGAAAAAUUAAAUUCGAACAUAGAAAUCACAUUGAAGCUCUUAGAUUAAAGAAAAAAGAAGAAAGAGAGUUAAAAGACGCUGGAAAUAAAAGAGCUAAAGAAAUUGCAGAGCAAAACUAUCGGGAUCGAAUGUAUGAAUUGGAAAGAAAGGAACUGGAAUUAGAGAUGGAGGAUAGAAGACGUGUUGAAGUGAAGAGAAAUUUAAUUAAUGACGCAGCCAGAAAAGCGGAUGAACCUGUGGAUGAUUCAAAACUUGUUGAAGCCAUGUUCGAUUUUCUUCCAGAUUCGUCUAGUGAAGCUCCAACGCCGGGUACAUUAAGAAGAGAAACAUCAGUUUUCAAUGAUUUACCGGCACAACCCGCAGAAAAUGAAAUAAUAAGUCCGAUGCAAAUUGCGUCGGAAGACGACGAAGAUUUAUCAGAAUUUAAAUUUCAAAAGUUCGCUGCAACCUAUUUCCAAGGAAAUGUCGGACAUCAGUAUUCUAGGAAACCUCUAAAGCAUCCUCUUUUGCCGUUACACACUCAAGGAGAUCAACUAGCCGCCCAAGCUUUGUGGGUUACAAUAUUGCGAUUCACUGGUGAUCUUCCAGAACCUCGUUAUCAUUCCAUGGAUCGUGACAAUACUUCUGUAAUGUCUAAAGUCACGGCCACCCUUGGUCGGAAUUUUAUUAGAAGUAAAGAAUUCCAAGAAGCACAAUUAAUGGGAUUAGAUCCCGAAUCAUUUUUGAAGCAGAAGCCUCGAUCUAUUCGUAAUAAGUUAGUGUCACUCACAUUAAAGCGCAAGAAUAAACUUGGAGAAGAUGUACGGAGGAAAUUGCAAGACGAGGAAUACACUGCAGAUAGUUAUCAAAGUUGGUUGGAGUCGCGACCGACGAGUAAUCUGGAGAAACUACAUUUCAUUAUUGGACAUGGAAUUUUAAGAGCAGAAUUGAGAGACGAAAUUUAUUGCCAAAUUUGUAAACAGCUAACGAAUAAUCCGUCGAAAUCUUCUCAUGCCAGAGGUUGGAUCUUACUAUCAUUAUGUGUCGGUUGUUUUGCACCUUCCGAAAAGUUCGUAAAUUAUUUGAGAGCGUUUAUUCGUGAAGGACCUCCAGGUUAUGCUCCAUAUUGUGAGGAUCGUUUGAAACGAACGUUUAAUAAUGGGACAAGAAAUCAACCCCCAAGUUGGUUGGAGUUGCAAGCGACCAAAUCCAAGAAACCUAUAAUGUUGCCCAUCACUUUUAUGGAUGGUAAUACAAAAACACUUUUAGCCGAUUCGGCGACUACCGCACGAGAACUUUGCAACCAGUUAUCGGAUAAAAUUGGAUUAAAAGAUCAAUUUGGUUUUUCGCUAUAUAUAGCUCUAUUUGAUAAAGUUUCAAGUUUGGGGAGUGGCGGUGAUCAUGUGAUGGACGCGAUUUCCCAAUGUGAGCAAUAUGCGAAAGAACAAGGAGCACAAGAGAGAAAUGCUCCAUGGAGAUUAUUCUUUAGAAAGGAAAUUUUUGCACCUUGGCACGAGCCAACCGAAGAUCAGGUCGCAACUAACUUAAUUUAUCAACAAGUUGUUAGAGGCGUUAAAUUUGGAGAAUAUCGUUGCGAUAAGGAGGAGGAUUUAGCUAUGAUUGCUGCACAACAGUACUACAUCGAAUAUAGUUUAGAUAUGAAUUCUGAACGUUUGCUAACAUUAUUACCAAAUUACAUUCCCGAUUAUUGUCUGACUGGUGUUGAAAAGGCAGUGGAUCGUUGGGGAGCACUUGUGGUGCAAGCAUACAAGAAAAGUUAUUACCUAAAGGAAAAAGUUCAAAGCUUACGCGUUAAAGAAGACGUCGUCUCUUAUGCAAAAUUCAAAUGGCCUUUACUUUUCUCGAGGUUUUACGAAGCGUACAGAAACUCCGGACCAAAUCUGCCCAAAAAUGAUGUUAUUAUUGCUGUCAAUUGGACUGGAGUGUAUGUUGUUGAUGAUCAGGAACAAGUACUAUUAGAAUUGUCUUUCCCAGAAGUUACAACAGUUUCCAGUCAAAAAACAAAUAAGGUUUUCACACAAACUUUCAGUUUAAGCACAGUUCGCGGUGAGGAAUUUACUUUCCAGAGUCCGAACGCAGAAGAUAUCAGAGAUUUAGUAGUGUAUUUCUUAGAGGGCCUAAAGAAGAGAUCCAAAUUUGUAAUUGCAUUACAAGAUUAUAAAGCUCCUGGAGAAGGCUCUAGUUUCCUCACAUUCAUCAAGGGCGAUCUGAUUAUUUUGGAAGAAGACAGCACAGGAGAAACGGUCCUAAACAGUGGCUGGUGUGUUGGUAGAUGUGAACGCACCCAAGAAAAAGGCGAUUUUCCCGCAGAAACUGUUUAUGUUCUUCCGUGCAUGUCGAAACCACCGGCCGACAUUCUCCAUCUUUUCUCCAUUGAAGGCGCUGAACACGGCAGGCGGCUUUCCCAGCAGUAUUCCAAUGGCACUGAGACCCGGGAUCGUCCCCAUACUUUGGUUGAUUAUUCAGUGGAUCAUUUUCGGCCCCCUCUUAAACGCACCAUGUCGAAAGCCUUGACACUCACUUCUGCUCGCAGGAGCGGCAUUGACGAUCUCUGGAGGCAUUCCCGUGAUCCGAUCAAACAACCCUUACUAAAAAAGUUAUUAACUAAAGAGGAGCUAGCCGAGGAAGCGUGUUUCGCUUUCAACGCUAUUUUGAAAUACAUGGGUGAUCUACCAUCGAAACGACCUAGAAUGGGAAACGAAUAUACCGACCAUAUAUUUGAUGGUCCACUCAAACAUGAAAUUCUUAGAGACGAGAUUUAUUGUCAAGUUAUGAAACAACUGACGGAAAAUAGGAAUAGGCUGUCGGAGGAAAGAGGAUGGGAAUUGAUGUGGCUGGCUACAGGUUUAUUUACUUGCUCUCAAAAUCUCUUAAAAGAACUCACUAUGUUUUUGAGAUCACGAAGACAUCCUAUUUCGCAAGAUUCGUUACAGCGACUACAAAAGACUCUAAGAAAUGGCCAACGCAAGUACCCACCGCAUCAAGUGGAAGUAGAGGCUAUCCAACACAAAACCACUCAGAUAUUCCAUAAAGUCUAUUUUCCGGAUGACACAGAUGAAGCCUUCGAAGUAGAUUCGAGCACCAGAGCAAAGGACUUCUGUCAAAAUAUCAGCACAAGACUUAAUUUGAAAAGUAGUGAAGGUUUCAGUUUGUUUGUGAAGAUAGCUGACAAAGUAAUUUCCGUUCCUGAAGGAGACUUCUUUUUCGAUUUUGUCCGACAUUUGACAGAUUGGAUCCGCAAAGCUAGGCCAAGCCGCGAUGGUGUAACACCACAAUUCUCGUACCAAGUAUUCUUCAUGAAGAAACUGUGGACGAAUACGGUUCCUGGUAAAGACAGGAACGCAGAUCUUAUAUUCCACUUUCACCAAGAACUGCCAAAAUUGAUAAGAGGUUAUCAUAAAUGCACCAAGGAGGAGGCUUCCAAAUUGGCAGCGCUCGUUUACCGAGUGCGGUUUGGAGAAAGCAAACAAGAAUUGCAGUCGAUUCCUCAGAUGCUGCGUGAAUUGAUUCCGUCUGAUUUAAUUAAAAUUCAAAGUGCCAAUGAUUGGAAGCGUUUGAUAGUGGCUUCGUAUAAUCAAGAUGCCGGUAUGAAUCCGGAAGACGCAAAGAUUACUUUCCUUAAGAUAGUUUAUCGCUGGCCCACUUUUGGAUCGGCAUUUUUCGAAGUCAAACAAACGACGGAUCCCAAUUAUCCGGAAAUGUUAUUGAUUGCUAUUAACAAACACGGGGUCAGUCUGAUUCAUCAACACACAAAGGAGAUCUUAGUUACACAUCCAUUCACGAGAAUAUCGAAUUGGUCUUCAGGAAACACAUAUUUUCAUAUGACGAUUGGAAACUUGGUUCGAGGUUCGAAACUUCUUUGCGAAACAUCGCUGGGCUACAAAAUGGACGAUCUGCUGACCUCUUACAUUUCCUUAAUGCUGACGAAUAUGAACAAGCAGAGGAGUAUUCGCAUCAAAUAAUGACAAUCCACAUACUGGUUUUAUUUUAAUAUUUAUUAUCUUACUUGGAAGGUAGUAGAGAUCUGUUAAUUAUUAAAAGAUUAUAAUAUAUUUAUAUAAUGUAUUUAUAUUUAAAUUAUAUUCAAAUAUAUGUUGU